CAUUAAAAUGAGAUCAUAAUGCAGGCUUCUCAUUUUAAGGUACGCGAUCGCGUUUUUAUGCCCUAUCGUGUACCUGAAUUACGUGAGGUGCAGGAAGAACCGUGUACCUCCGUUGACAGAUUACUUUUAGACCUAAGAAUUAUUGAAUAAUCCUGCUCCUUUUAAUCUACGAACAAGCCUAUUCAUAGCCAACGUGGCCAUCCGAGCUAAUUCACCGACUCCUGACUUGUUAAAAGAACUACGUAGACAUAAAUCUUUUUUGUCUGGCCCCUUCGUCGUUGGUAACCAGGUCUUAUACAAGAAAUCCAGCCAUGCGGUUCUUAACUAAUGCGGAGGUGAACGCAGACAGAGCAUGGAUGAAUCAAGUCUGCAAAACUGCACUUACAGGCGGGACAAACAUUUUAUUAUGGAUUUAAUUGUAGAUAUUCUCUUCAUUUGACAAAACAAUUGGAAACCAUUUAUUAAAAUGAUAGUUUGUCAUUCAUGCAUACUAUUUUGGACAAGGAAGUAAAAAUUGAGAGAGUCGCUAUACCAGUAGACGCUCAAUCAUCGUGUUUGGGGUUCAAGAUUCAAAAUGUCCCUCACUUUUCUACUGUAAAAUGAAUGAGCAACAAAGAUUAACCUUGGAACCCGAAUUGCACGCGUAACAUCCUUUGCACGUUCGUUGUUAAACAAAUAAAUAAAUCGCGAACCCGGAGCAAAUUACGUACGCUAUGCAAUCGCGUAACGCGGUCAACUGGCAUACACAAUUGAUCACAUAAGCACAUAUUUACAAAAUGAGAAGCCUGGUAAUGGUGCUUUGAAUAGUGUUUUUGAUUUAGGGUGUAGCAAAACAUUGCAACUUAUUGCAGUGUUUAUUAGAAACUAAAUUUCUCUACAUCAAAUCUGUAAUUACUUCCUGUAAUGUCUUGUUUGGUCUACUUUAGGGUCCAUAAUCAUAACGUCAUGUUUUCUAUAUUUAAAUUAUCUUGAUAGUAUUGAAAUAACAUUUAUAGUUCAAGUUUUCACACUAAAAUGUGAAACCUUCAACAAAUCACGACAUGUCUGGCUCACGUACUACAAGGAAAGUGACAAUUGAUUCUGGGCGCAGAGUGUCCACCUCAAAUGAACUAGUUGAUCAAUCAUCUGGAACAAAAUCAAAAAGUGUUUUUGAUCGCCUUGGUGUCAUAACUGCAAAAUCUGUUGUGAAGACUAAAGGGGGAAAAUCUACAAAAUCAUACAGUGAUCAUGCAGAAGAUGGAUAUAACAGUGAAGAAAAUGACUCCAAAAAGUCCUUUGUUAGUUUCACUGUAAAGAAAAAUACUCUAAUGGAAGAUUCUGAUAACAAGUUGCAUAUGAAGAAAGAGAAGAAGAAAACUCCCCGUGAUGUUCCGGAUGACACUACAAAGGUGAAGAAGAAGAAAAAACAGAGAGAAGAUUCUCAACCAAUAGCUGUUUACUCGAAACCAAAACGAAUAGACAACGAUGACGAUGAGGAUGCUGAAGAAACACACCCCAAGAAAAAGAAGAAGGUGUUUUCCCCAGAAUCACAGUCAGGCAAAAAGAAACGACGUGUGUUCCAAGAAGAAGAUAUGGAAGAGGAAGCCUACCCAAAAAAGGGUGGAAGUAAGGCUGGUGGGAGAAAGAAAAGCUUAGUCGAGUACCAGUCAGCCAGUGAAGAUGAAGAAAAAGAGAAAAAGAAGAAGAAGAACAAGCAUCCUAAAGAAGCUAUCGAAGUUUCAAAGAAAACGAAAAAAAAUGACGGAGGCGAUGAAGUUGUGAAAAAGAAAAAAAAGGUCAAGCCCAAAUCUUCCGAGGAUGAAAUAUCUGAAGAGGAGAGACCGAAGAAGAAAUAUAAAAAGCAAAGGUCUCCAUCGUGGAGCUAUUCAGAAGAUGAAGAGGAUGAACAGAUUGUUAAAAGCAAAAAGAAGGGAAAACUGUUCGAAAGCAAAUUAAAACAGAGAAAACAACGGAGAGCGAGUUCAUCUAUCUCACCAAUCAGGGAACAAUACUCAAAAGAAUACUCCUCCUUUGAGUCGGACAUAAGUUACGAGUCUGAGGACGUUAGAAAGAAAAAGAAGAAAAGGGUAAAAAAUAAGGAUGACUUUCAAGAGAUGGAAGAUUUUAAGAUGUACGAUGAAAAACAACAGCGAAGACAUUUCGACCAAAGACAAGGCUUUGAUGAGCGGAGAAGGGAUGAAUUUAUGCACAAUAGAAAAGGUCGGAAUGAUACUUAUGCUAGAGACGAUUCUUUCAAUGAUCGACCUGAUGACCGACGCCGCAUGAACCAAUUCGGUCCACGAGGUACUGAUUAUGACCAAGGAGACUGGAGACCAAACCAGUACGAGGAUCGUAACCGAAGAAUGGAUCAACGCUUCGAUGAUAGAGGCAAUCGUGGCAGGAUAAAUAACCGUUUUGAAGAUCGAGACAAUCGAGACCAAGAUUAUUUUAGGGACGCCAGGCGUGACGAUCGACGUCCCCCCGACUAUCGUCCUGGAAACGACAACUGGAAUCGCCAGGGUAACUUUGACGACGAUCGGUAUGACAACCGCAUAUCCUUUAGAGGCCGAGGGCGCGGUCGAGGUGGCCGAGGUUCCUUCAGAGGUGGUUUUCACCAACAGAAUCCCAAAGAUGGCCGCUUUCAGCAAAGAGACUAUGAUUAUCGGUUCCGUAACAAUCCAAUGGACGAUCGUCCAAUGGACAUGCAGUAUCAAGAUCGAUAUCCGAAGCAUGGUGGAUAUCGUGAUCACAAAGAUUUUCGACGUGGUGGAAAAGAGCCGCAGUUUGAGUUAUCUCCAAUACGUGAUCCAAACUUUAUUGGCGGCAUUGCGAAGAAGAGAGAUCUGAGUGAUAGUGAUGAUGAAGAAGAAAGAAGUUCUAAAAAGAGGAAACAUACAGAGAAGUUGAAAAAACGUAACACGAAAGAGGACGCAUCCGGUAGUGAUGUUUCAGACACGGAAACUAAAGUCAGCAAGAAACAAAAAGCAAAGACUUCGAAGUCGAGUGAGAAUAUCGUUGAGAAGGAGGAGAAAGAGAAAUCAAAGCCCGCUAAAGUUACGGCAGACGAUGCUGAAGUUGUGAAAUCGCCUAAGAAGUCGACUAAAGAUAAAGAAGUGACGAAAAAGAAAAAAGAAGAAAAAGAAAAAGAAAGCACGGUUGACGAAAAGAAGAAGGAGAAGAAAUUGUCACACAAACGAGUAACAACUGUAAAGGAGAUGGAGGACCCCUCUCCUGCGUCGAGCGGUCGGAAAACACCUGAAUUGAAAGAAAACGACAAACAAACUAGCGGUUUCAGCGACGAGAAAAAGAGCGCUCGGAAGGAAGACAAAAAACGAGACUUAUCGAAAGAGAGUAAGCGAGACCGCAGUGAAAAAAAUCGGAACCUGGAAGAUAAAGAUAAAUCGGAUUCAAGAAGGCGAUCUCCCGACAGCAGAAAAGGCGGGUUGUCCAAGUCUCCUGAUCGUCGCAUCAAAUCGCCAGAUGUACGUAGUUCACCGUUUAAGCGUGGACGCUCGCCCGAACGUAAAGGUAGACAUCGAGACUCUUCUUUUAGCAAAAGGGAUUUAUCAUCUAGUAGAAAAGAUUCCAACGAGCGCUCUACAAACAGAAAUAAAGUGACCACUCCACCUUCGUCAAAAGAUAGCACAGAAACUGCAAACAAAAAUGACGAUGUAUAUGAAAGCAUUAGCGACGAAGAGCUGGAUUUAUUUGACGAAAACGAAGAAGACCAGCAACCUCAGCCAGCAUCGGUAAUGGAUGUGGAUUGGAGUCUGUUAUCCAGCAUAAAUAAGACUGCGCCUGUGAUAGACGAAAAGAACAACGAUGUACCGGAGUACAUGCAAAAACUAUUGGCCGGUCACGUUCUUUCCGACAUCGGUUAUUCCCCGUCUUUAUUAAGUCAAACGACUUUAGAACGGGUCCAAGGAAUGUGUUUAUCCGCGAAAAACAUUAAAACUGGUUCACUUGAAGCAUGGGAAGAAACGCAGCUUCGAACCGGCAUGGCGGUCACUGUAAGAAAUGUGUUGAAACAGCGUCAUGCGAGAAAUGCUUUAUUUUCUAAAGAUCUGAUUGGGUUAAGAAAUGACUUGGCUCUCAGGAGAGAAUUACGAAAGCCUUUAGAUAAGAUCGGCACAAACUACAACGUGUUCUGCAACGCACCUUCUAAUCCUGUCGAUUACGAACUUUUUGCGAGCAGUGUUUCGCUGUACGAGAAGAAACAACAAAACGAAACGGAUCCUCUGUAUGUUGCUAUACCGUCAAAAGUUGGCUCAAUUGUUACUUGCAAAUCGUAACAGUUGCAUUGUUUCGCCGCAACGUCGCACAUGGGAACAGUUACGACCGAAACAAACCUCUUGCUAAAGAGGAAUAACUUCACAAACGGUCAAUUUUUCGAUGCGGAACGCUGUAGACACGAAUUUUAUAGAAGCGUAUAAAAACAAAUUUGUGACACUGCGUUGUUUUUCGACGCAUGGUAAUGCCGUAAUGAUAGCUGCGUAACAAGUUUUUACGUGCAAAAUCCCUUGUAAAUUUUUUGAAAAGUAAUAACAAAUGUUAUUCUCCGAA